AUGGAAACCUCUAUCCCAUAUCUAGCCCAAGACCCCAUUUUCAAUGUCGAGAAACCGUUUGAUACCGAUGUGCCCGUUGAUCACAUUCCCGGCGCACGCGCCUCGAACCACCGGAACGAUGAGAGGGAUUUGAAGGUAUAUCCCAUCACUGACCCUGACGAAUGGGACCUCGACAGACAUGGCUUCUGCUUCAUCAGGGCAAAAACGGGAUUGAACGCCGAGGAUGCGUUGACGAGAAAGAAGGAAGUGCAGAAGGAUUACUGGUAUGAGAUUGAAGCCAUCCUGCACGAAAGGUUUCCACAAUACUCGAGAAUUGAAUCCUAUGAUUGUACGGUGCGAAAAAGGGACCCAGAUUUCCCUGCAAAUAUCAGGCUCUAUACCAAGGUCGAGCAGCCAGCACGAAGGCCACACAGUGAUUGUUCCCCCAGGGGUGCGCACAUGAACCUCCAGCGUGCUUUCCCCGGGCAGGAGAGGUUUUGGGAGGGGAAAGACUUUGAUAUUCUAAACGUUUGGCGACCGCUCCGCGGUCCAAGCAAUGACUGGCCCCUAGCGGUGUGUGACUGGAGAACCAUCGACCCUUCCGUCGACGUGCGCAUCAACGAUGCCAUUAGACGGGAUCGAGUCGAUGAGAACGCCAUCCUGCACUUCAGUGCCAACCACAGGUGGUAUUUCAUGAAGGAUCAAUCAGUAGAGGAUCUGAUUGUCUUCCGUAAUGCUGAUUCUUUUGGGAAGCGUGCUCAGGGAUUUCACUGUUCGGUUUUCAACCCAGAGUCGAAUGGGCAGCCAAGGGAGAGUGUUGAGGUCAGGUGUGUAGCAUUCCGCUGA